ACCGGAUUCGACGAUCUCCAGUGAAGUCGGUGCGUUGGGGCGUACACACACAAACACACACACACACACACACACACACACACAGCGGAUCGCUCUGCACCUCUGCACCGCUCGGCGUCCCACAACAGCAGCAUGUUGUACAGUGUGCUGGGAUUAUUCAUCAUCUCGGGCCUGCUGUGCGGUGAGGAGACUGCCCAUGGUGGUGGGUCCCGCGGUGCCGUGCCUCCCCCGGGCAAGGGCUGGUCGGGGAGGAAGAAGGAGAAGGAGGAGGUGCUGGACUCCAACCAGGCGGCGCUGAUCGUGAUGGACCGCCGCUACGUGCGCAGGGACUGGUGCAAGUCGCACCCGCUGAUCCAGACACUGAAGGAGGAAGGGUGCACGGGCCGCACCGUCAUCAACCGCUUCUGCUACGGCCAGUGUAACUCCUUCUACAUCCCCAGCCACGAGUACGGUGGGCUCCCCUUCCGCUCCUGCUCCUUCUGCAAGCCCAAGCGGUUCAACACCGUCACUGUCACCUUCAACUGCCCCGGCCUCCACCCUCCCUCCAAGCGAAGGCGGAUUCAACUGGUGAAGGAGUGUCGUUGUAUCUCCAUAGACCUGGAGUAGGGAGGGGUGGCUCCAGCUGCUGUCUGCUUCCACAGUAGCACUUUACAAACCCGGGGGGCUUUGCCCCUCGCCCCCUGAAAGGGGCAAGAGAACUCCGCCAUUCAUCCAUAUGACACCCUCUAUGGGGUGAAACCAAAAGCCUUCCGUGCAGUUGGCAACAAAGUCAAGUUAAAUUAUGUAAACUGUUCAGCCAGUCAAAAAAGAGCCCAAAACAUCAGGAGGUUUGGCUGGCUUAAUGGACCGUGAUGAAGUGACUAUCUGAUGGUCAGAAAGGGAGUCAUCCAGAUUGGUAUUUAUGUUCAGAAAAUAACCUUCCUUUAGAAUCGAGCUGCCUGCCAAAGUGGUUUCUGAGCACACAUUGAGCCCGCUUGUGAGGAGAUGUAAAUCAGAUCCCGUGUGUAUACAAACUCUGUCGAACUACCUACUGACGAUCAGAGUUCUCUAUGAUCUUUGCUACCAACCGGCUUCCAUCUUUGGGCUUUUGCUUUUUAAUCUUGCAAAAUGUGCCAUUGUGUAAUGUUCUUUGGGGGGGCUGGGGUUUUUGUGCUAUCAUUUGAAAGCCAAAUAACCAAUAAAUACAAAUUGUU